AUUCCAUCUCUUAGUUUUCCAUUUUGUUACAUUUCAGAGGAACUUCAAGAAACCACGAACAGCUUUAGUAAUGCAGAUUUAGACUCCCAUUUCCUCAAUGAAGGCUUUACUGCCAAGGAUAUUCUGGACCAAAAAAUUAAUGAAGUUUCGUCUUCUGAUGAUAAGGAUGCCUUCUAUGUCGCCGACCGGGGAGACAUUUUAAAGAAACAUCUGAGAUGGUUAAAAGCUCUUCCUUGGGUCACCCCCUUUUAUGCAGUCAAAUGCAAUGAUAGCAGAACCAUAGUGAAGACCCUUGCUACCACUGGGACAGGAUUUGACUGUGCCAGCAAGACUGAGAUACAAUUGGUACAAAGUCUUGGGGUGCCUCCAGAGAGGAUUAUCUAUGCAAAUCCUUGCAAACAAGUGUCUCAGAUUAAGUACGCUGCCAAUAACGGAGUCCAGAUGAUGACUUUUGAUAGUGAAGUUGAACUGAUGAAAGUUGCCAGGGCGCAUCCAAAGGCCAAGUUGGUUUUGCGGAUUGCCACCGAUGAUUCCAAAGCAGUCUGUCGCCUCAGUGUUAAAUUUGGUGCCACACUCAAAAUCAGCAGGCUUCUUUUGGAACGAGCGAGAGAGCCAAAUAUUGUUGUCAUUGGUGUCAGCUUCCACAUGGGAAGUGGCUGCACGGAUCCUGAGACCUUUGUGCAAGCCAUCUCUGAUGCCCGCUGUGUCUUUGACAUGGGAGCUCAGGUUGGUUUCAGCAUGUAUCUGCUUGAUAUCAGUGGUGGUUUUCCUGGAUCUGAGGAUGUGAAGCUUAAAUUUGAAGAGAUCACCAGUGUGAUCAACCCAGCCCUGGACAAGUACUUCCUGGCCAACUCAGGGGUGCGAAUCAUAGUGGAGCCCAGCAGAUACUAUGUUGCCUCAGCCUUCACGCUCACAGUGAACAUCAUUGCCAAAAAACUCGUAUUAAAGGAACAGACAGGUUCUGAUGAUGAAGAUGAGUUGAGUGAACAAACCUUUAUGUAUUACGUGAACGACGGAGUGUAUGGAUCAUUUAAUUGCAUCCUCUAUGAUCAUGCCCACGUGAAGCCCCUUCUGCAGAAGAGACCCAAACCAGAUGAGAAGUACUAUUCAACCAGCAUAUGGGGACCAACAUGUGACGGCCUGGAUCGCAUUGUCGAGCGCUGCGACUUGCCCGAGAUGCACGUGGGCGACUGGAUGGUCUUUGAAAACAUGGGUGCUUACACGGUUGCUGCUGCUUCUACUUUCAACGGGUUCCAGAGGCUGACUAUCUACUAUGUGAUGUCGGGGCCAACAUGGCAACUGAUGCAGCAGAUCCAGAACCACGACUUCCCGGCCGAAGUGGUGGAGCAGGACGUCGGCACCCUGCCUGUGUCCUGUGCCUGGGAGAGUGGGCUGAAGCGCCCCCCGGCCGCCUGUGCCUCCGCCAGCAUC